UAAUUGGCGGAACGCUCUCCGAACCCAUAUCAUCUCAUUCAUGGCCGCACACAGUGACAGCUUCCCAGAAACGACACCGCGCCCACUUCUCCUCUCCCAUGUGACCCGCUCUCGGAAACAACGCACCCUCACCCACCAUCCAAAUCCACCGUCCAGCCACCACCACCACCACCACGCCAUCGCCACUCGCCAUCUCUAAACCUUGACCGCCCUCGCUGAUACUCUCUCUCUCUCUCGUGCCUUUUCUCCUCCCAAAAAGCUGCCAAAGAGCCGCAUGUUCUCCUCUCACGGGCGAGCUCGGAGUCCUCAAAAUGCGAUCUUGCUGGCAAAGCUUCCAACUUGAUGUAGGAUUCUCAGUUUCCUGAUUCCAAAAUGCCAUCUCGAUGGUAAAGUUCUAAUCUCGCUCAGUUUCACCGGGCGAUGCUUGCGGAGAGAUGAAACCAUUGGGAUGUUUGGGGAUUGGCCUGAGCAUCGUCUCGGGUUGCCUUUUGUUGGCCCUUGUUGCGGAGUUGUACUAUUUCUUCUGGUGGAAGAAGAGAAGAAGUAACGUAGACAUCGAGCGGAGCUUCUCCAUCCCUGGGAAGGAGCUCCCCUACCUCUUCUGCUGGAAGAAGCCUAGUUUUCUAAUCCCCGCAGCUCUCAAUUCUGACGGAAUCUGCACUGGAGCAGACCAUUCCGACGACGGCCAUGGCCAGCCGAAGCCAUUAGAAGACGACGCAGAGCUGAUGUGCCUUGCAGGUUACCAGAGGUCUCUCUUCACCAUCGAAGAGGAGACGCAGGAUGACUUGGAGUCUUGUGGGAGCAAGAAAGGUCCCAUCAGGAAGAGCUUGAGGGACUUGCUUCAGUCUAAUGAAACUCCCACUGCGACUCCUCUUUCCUCCCCUGCUCUGACUCCAAUGGCUUGUCAAAAGAAAACCAUGCUCCACUCGCAGCCUGAAGCUUCUUCAUCUCCACCGCCAACCUUCAAGUUCCUCAGGGACGCGGAGGAGAAGCUGUACAGGAAAACUCUGGUGGAAGAAGCACUGAAGGUCCAAAUAAGCUGCAGGCAGAUGGAGAACAGAGACAGAGGGCAACAGAGUUCACAGGUGAAGAUGAACAUAAAUUAAGCUUUUUUUCCUUUUCAUGUCUCUUGCAGUUCGAUUGUUCGGGUCUUCUCCGCUUCAGGUGGCGAAUCUGGUACGUGCAAUUGCUGAAAAAACACAAUUCUUUUUCGUUUUCUGUAAUGCUUUUCGAUCAGAUAGAUCUGGUCUAACAUUGUACAAAGCACUGGAAAAGAUGCAUAUUUGAUGCUUCUUUUCAGCACAAUUAAGGCCAGUUUAAUCAAUGCAACUUCAUCUCAUUUGCGUU